AUGCAUCGCACCUAUUCUAUGCGCCAGUCGCGCGCCCCGACCGCCUCGCAGGUCGAGAACCCCCCGCCGCCAUUGUCCUCCACCAAGACCAACCGCUGGCUCGGAAAAGGCGGAAUCGGACAUGCGUUCCGUAAGAACACCGCCGGUGCCUUCGGGCCCGACCUCGCCCGGAAGCUGUCGCAGCUGGUCAAAAUGGAGAAGAACGUCAUGCGCAGCAUGGAGCUCGUCGCGAGAGAGCGCAUGGAGGUGGCGCAACAACUCUCCAUCUGGGGCGAGGCCUGCGACGAGGACGUGUCGGAUGUGACGGACAAGCUGGGCGUGCUGAUCUACGAGAUCGGCGAGCUGGAAGACCUGUUUGUCGACCGCUACGACCAGUACCGCGUCACCAUCAAGAGCAUCCGGAACAUCGAAGCAUCCGUACAGCCUAGCCGGGACCGCAAGCAGAAGAUCACCGACGAAAUCGCCAAGCUCAAAUACAAGGACCCGCAGUCUCCGCGCAUCGUCGUGCUGGAGCAAGAGCUCGUCCGCGCGGAGGCCGAGUCUCUCGUCGCCGAAGCCCAGCUGUCGAACAUCACGCGCGAGAAGGUUAAAGCAGCCUUCCAGUACCAGUUCGACGCGCUGCGCGAGCACUGCGAGAAGGUCGCCAUUGUAGCCGGCUACGGCAAGCACCUGCUGGACCUGAUUGACGACGCGCCAGUGACGCCCGGCGAGACGCGGAACGCGUACGACGGCUACGAGGCCAGCAAGGCAAUCAUCCAGGACUGUGAGGACGCGCUCAGCAACUGGGUCACGUCCAAGGCGGUGGUCAAGUCCGGGCUGUCGCAGCGCUCGCGCACCCUCUCGCAGCGCCGCCAGGACAACCUCAAGAACCGCGACGGCGGCGUCGAUCUAUCUGGCCAGGACCAGCCGCUGACUGGCGACCGGGACUCCUGGUUGCCGGCUGAUCAGCACCCGAGCUAUGAGGAAGGUGAGGAAGGCUCCGUGGAGGGAGAGUUGCGCGGUCGUGAGGAGGAGAGGGAGGCCAUCUCGGGGUAA